AGGUUGGCUUCAGGUUUCAGCGGUUUUAGUUGUCGCGGUUCCCAAGUAGAAUAUUAAUUUCCCAUCGCGGCCGCGAUUCGAAUUUGCGCGGCGCGCAAAUCUGCGAACGCGGCUCGCGGUGCCGAGCGGACUACCGGGUCGGGAGCGCCGGGAGCCGGGCUGAGAGAGUUUUAUUUUUCGAAGAUGUCGUCGUCCGAGGAGUCUCCGGAACGCAACCUCGCGGUCCGGACCCCCCGACCGGAAGAACCGACCGCGGGGCGUCGUGACGAUGGCGAGGAGGUGGAGGUUGAGGAGGAGGCGCGACUGGGAGGCCCUACUCACAAUGGCGGUGCUGGUGACGGACGACGUGGCCUUGAUAAUGGUGGCGAUGGCAACGAUGUUGGGGGACAGGAAGAGCAGGGGAAGGAAACAGGACCCGACUGCUGCGAUGACGACGACGAUGCUGCUGGUGGUGAUGAUCACGAUGAUGGUGUUGAGGUGGAGCAUCGAGGACCUGAUUCUGACAAAGAAGACAACAAAGACGACCAUCAACAUCAUGAUGACGGUGGUGGUGAUUGUCGUCGUCAUCAUCAGCAGGAUGAUUUCCACCGUCAAAAUGAUGAGCAGCGACGAUUUAAUGAAGGCAGCGACGGUGGCGACGAUGGUGGUCAACAACAUCAACCUUGCCCUUCCAACGAAGAUGAUGACAGCGGUGGUGGAGAUGACGGUGAUGAUGGGGCUGAUGAUGAUGAUGAUGAAGAGGGUGCUCUCGUCGCUUUGCCACCACGAUCGUCAUCAUUGCUGCUUCUGUCUGCGCUCCGUCGAGUCGAUAUUGAUUCCCAGCAUGCUGGCUCUCUCGGCUCCGCCCAACUCAACAUCCCGGAUUCUCUGGACUCACCAGCACACGGCUUACCGGACUCACCACCGUACGGCUUACCGGACUUUCUGAGCUACUCACCACACGGCUUACCGGAGUCACCACUACAUGACUUAACAGACUCUCUGGGCUACUUGCCACAUGGCUUACGGGAGUCACCACUGCAGAGCUUACCAGACUCAUCACCGUAUGGCUUAGCGGACUCACCAGAACCUUCACACAUCCUGUCAGAUUCUUCACCUCACGGCUUACCGGACUCGCCAACGCACGGCUUACCAGACUCAUUACUGCCUGGCUUAACAGCCUUGCCAGGCUCCUCACCACAAAGCUUACAGAACUCAUCACCGCACGGCUUACCAGACUCAUCACCGCACGGCUUACCAGACUCAUCACCGCACGGCUUACCAGACUCAUCACCGCAUGGCUUACCAGACUCAUCACCGGAUGGUUUGCCAGACUCAUCGCCGGAUGGCUUACCAGACUCAUCGCCGGAUGGCUUGCCAGACUCAUCACCGGACGGCUUGCCAGACUCAUCGCCGCACGGCUUACCAGACUCAUCACCGGAUGGCUUGCCAGACUUACCACCGCACAGCUUGCCGGUUUUAGCAGACUCCACAUCACACAUCCUGCAGGAUUCUUCGCCACCCGGCUUACAGAAUUUCCCACCGAAGGACUUCUCGGAAUCCUUUGGGAAUAGCUCGCGGGACUCAUCGUACCAUGGGUCCUCGCCGGACUCUCCCCGGCUCGGCUCAUCGGACGACGUCGGAGACGCCGGGGAUGCCGUGGCGGACGACUCGGACGACGACCGGGACUCGGAUCGCCCGGACUCGCUGGGGGAGGCGGAGGAGCGCUACCGGCGUGCGAUGGUGCGCGCCGCGCAGCUGGACAACGAGAAGGCGGCGCUGGCCUACGAGGUGGAGGCGCUGCGCGACGCCCUGGAAGGGGCCGAGGAGUCACUCGCCCAGGAGCAGCGGCGCUGCGAGCAGCGCGGACUGGAGGUGGAGCGCCACAGGCAGGCCUGUUCUAUCCUGGAGCACAAGUCUACGCAGCUCCAGGCCGCACUGGCUCAGAGGGAACAGCUCAUGGAGGAGAACGCGCGUCUCCACGUCCACGAGUGCGAGCUCGGCCAGGAGGUGUUGGAUCUGCAGGAGACCGUGGGCUGGAAGGACAAGAAGAUAGCGGCUCUGGAGAGGCACAAGGCCUACUGUGAUAGCCUCAGAGCGGAGAGAGAUGAUGAGCCGGGAGCUGAGGUUUGCCGUCCGCUCCACGGGAUUCAGAGGCACGGGCUGGCCGUGGUGCAGGGCUCCGUGUGUAACGGGGAGCAGGAGGAGACGGGGGCGGCGCCGCUUGCGCUGGUGUCGCGGGCGUCGGCGCGGAUCCUGGACGCGCUAGGGGACGGGCCCCUGGACGUGAGGCUCACGAAACUGACAGAGGAGAGGGACGGGCUCGAGGAGCAGGUGCGGAGGCUGAAGUCCGAGCUGGAAGCGGAGCGUCAGAAGGGGGGCGGCGUGAGGGGGGGCGAGGUGGGGGGGGGCCCCGGCGUGGGGGGGGCCGGCGAGGCGGGGGGCCCCGACGACUUCGUCACCGGCGACGGCGCCGCCGCCCACGUCGCCGAGAUGCAGAGGGAGGCGCAGCGCCAGGUGAGCGAGUUGAAGUUCAAGGUGGCCAAGGCGGAGCAGGAGAAGGCGGCGCUCGAGCAGAACGUGCUGCGUCUGGAGGCGCAGGCGUUGCGUCUGCGGGGGGCCGCCGAGGGCUGGGAGCGCACCGAGGACGAGCUGAAGGCGGAGCGGCGCCGCCUGCAGCGGGAGCUGCGGGCCGCCCUGGACCGCCUGGACGAGCUGCAGCUCACCAACGGGCACCUCGUGCGGCGCCUCGACAAGAUGAAGGCCAACCGCUCCGCUCUGCUCAGCCAGCAGUAGCACGCGCGGGGGGGGGGCGGGGGGGCGGGGGGAGGUAGAGCACGGGGGGGAGGGGCCGGUGCGUCGGUGGGGUGGGGGGGGUCUGAGAAACGGCUCGUCCCCCUACUCCCCCUCGGUGGAUGGGGGAGUAGCGGGAGAAGGGGGGCCACCGGGAAUGUGCGCGUGGGGGUCUGAGAGACCACUCGUCCAGCAGUGGCAGGGGGUUAAGGGGGGGGUGGCUGGAGGGGUGGUUGGGUGGGUGUGACUUCCACUUAGAGCAGCAAAAAAAAAAAUCCAAGCGUGUGGAGGGAGUGUGGGGACCCAAAACCCUUAGGGGGUGACCUCAUCCAGCAGCGCUGGGGAGCUGGGGCGGGGGGGGGGCGGCGGUGAGGGGGGGUGGACUAGGCCUGCUGAGGCCUGUGGGUUGCUUCCACUCAUCCAGCAGUGGAGAUGAAGUGGAGGGAGGCCCCAAGGCUGGCUGGCAGCAGCCUUGGCGGGGCGCUCAGGAGGAUGGCGCCGUGCAGGCCGCAGGAUGCGGGGUUCUGUGCGGUGGGUGAGCAGCAGUAGGUGGCGGCGGCGUAGCACCGUGGUGCCACGGUGAACCACGUUGAAGCACGGUGGUCUAGAGGAUUGGGAGUCGUCGCUCGGCCAGCGGGGGCCGCCUUGUCGCGUCUGGGAUGACCACCACCACCACCACAACCACUACCACUGCCACCACCACGAGCAGCAGCAGCAGCAGUGGCACUUGGGAUGGAGCUGGGCAGGGGUCCCAGAGGCGCCAGAAUGAGCAACUCGGUCACUCGGAGCGUGAAGCCACCGGUGGACGUGGCCUAAUAUUCCAUUUUUCACGGUCACAUCCGAGCCAGUUUGGAUGUGAUACCAUCACGGCACGGGUGGAUUUCCCCCGGCUGGUUGCCGUGCCGAGCCACAGGCAAAGCCGCUGUCCUCGCGAGACGCCCGAGUCUGGGGCCAAGCAGGCCCAGGGCCGGCACCGCGGUUCGUUCGCUGCGUUGCAACGCCAGCGGCUCGGCUCGGAUCGGCUUGUGCAGUGGAAAAACAACGCGGAGUCUCCUGAGCUACGCCGCGCUGGCUUGGGCACGGCCCUGGCUCUGCCGCGGCUCCCGCCUUCGGUUGGGCAGUGGAAAAGGGGGGGGGGGGUGGGGGUGAGGACUCGACAUAAUGAGCAGUGGCAUUGGGAAUCAACCUGGGCUGGAGUUGGGAGGUCCCAGUUAUUGGGCACUCGCUCCUGACCCCCCUAUAGGCCUAUAGGGCUGUGAAAAGCAUCGGACUCUCCGUCAAAGACACAUUUUUGUUGUCCCGCCCCCCCGCACCUCCGAUUAGCGCGGUUGGCUACGCACGCUGCGAAAGAAGUUCAACACACGUACAAGUUGCGUGUGGAGCUACCGCUACUUUGCUCUUUAAAUUAUAAUCGCUUGUGUUGGGGGGUGGAGGAUGCGGGAUGGGGGGGCUUGUGCCGGGGGCUCGUGCGGUGGUAGCGGGGAGGGGGGGAGCUGGCGCUUGGGCCAGCACCGGCGACAGAUUUCAGCGAGGCAAGGCGAGCGGUGUGCGCGCGUCUGUGCGACGCUGUCGGUGGGGAGUGGUGGCGUGGUGGUUGGCGCACUGCGCUACAAAUCCAGCGACCCGAGUUCGCACCCACAGCCAAUAUUGGUGACGAUUAUUUGAACCGGUGCUGGGACCCCUCCCCUGGUGCGGGGUGUGUACAGCAUAAGCACUGGGAAGACAAAAGCGGCCGGGCGUGGUGCUGGCCACGCACUCCCUCGUGUGCCGCGCUGCCCUUAAUAGGUGCUCGCUAACAGCACUUGCUCCAACAGCCUGCUAAGGGCUGUACGGGGGGUGGGGGGGGGGUAUUUGUGUUUGUGCAACGCUGUUUAACGCAUGACGGCGGCAACGAUCGCACACUUCAGUCGGCUCGAUUCAAACACAGCGCUGGGUUCUGUUCACGAUGAGGGGUGCCCAUCGCAGCGGGAGAGUGCGUCCCGGGCCGAAUAGACACAUUGAUGUAAGACAGGCCUGAGAGGGCCGUGGCUGUUAGCGUCGUUACGAUGGCUCGCAACAACGCGAGUUUACCCAGGAAAGCCUCAACUGAGGUCUCAAGAUGUUUGAUGUUUUGUUUCUUCCAAGAGGGGGUCCUUGUCAGGUUUUCACAGCAUUAUGGGGGGGGGGGGCGAUGUUGCCUCUUGCCGCGCCGCUGCCGCGCACGCCUCGGCGUGUGAUUUCGAACGACGGAGAGAGGAGAGAGCCCUCCCCUCUAGCGGGAGGGUAUUUGGCCUACCCUUCCACGCUGGCCAGACGUCGUCUCGUUGCUUCCCGUUGGAGACGGGCGCCCGCACGCGCAGGCGUCGCAUCCGCUCGGCCGAUUGGCAACGAGCCGGCUCCGGGGUCGGCUCCGGGUUUGGCUUGGGUUCGCCCGGGGUGUUUGCGAUCGAAAUCGCCCGACGGCCUCGCGAAUCCUCGCAACCGCUCGCUCGCUAUCUCGCUCGCUGGUGGAUCGCGGACGAAGGAGUCGCGGGCGACGAUUUUGAGACGAGCGAUUUUCCCGCACAUCUCCGAUUAAUGGCAGCAGCAGCAUGCAGCAGCAGCAGCAGCAUGCCGCCGCUGUGGAUUACCUGUGGAGCUCUGGUGGAGGGGAGUGAAUUACAUUACACACCACCCCCCCGGCCUUCCGGUUCGAUCAGUGUACCCCCCCCCUUCUUCCACCCCCCCCCCCCCCCCCGUGGUCUCUACCAGGGCCGUCGGUUUACAUUCACAAUGGAAUCAUCUCGUUUAAUUUAUCAAGCAAGAGCCACUUUUGUUUUUAUUUUUCGCCGUUAUGUAUUUUGUGGGGAAUUUUUUCAGUUAAGGGUUCGUUCGGGGGUCGUUAGAGACUCGGGGCAGGGUAGGGGGGGGGCCGGGGGGGGGCAAACGAAAAUAACGAGAAGGGACUUUUUUUUGUACCAAUUUGGUGAAAAAUGUUCAAUAUUCCCAAGAGCCGCAACGCACGCGGUGAACACGAGAGACGGCGGUCCUCACUAAACGACGUCACGAGGGAGUUCGAUAAUCCUCCUCAUCCCGUACGGGGCAGGAGGCCGCAAUGCGUUCCCUCCACCUCUUCCUGUCCCUGGCCACGUGUCGAGCGUCGCCCCAAGAGGGGGCGAUCGCUGCCGCCAACUCGUCCUCCGCGGCAUUGCGCCACGUGCUCUCGGCCCUCCCGGAGUUUCUCUUUGCCCGGUUUGGUGCGCGGUCCUGAGAACGAGCCGUCGGGGUCGCCGUCGGGGUCGCCAUCUCUCGCGCGUGACAUUAGGACAAGCGGUCUUCCUGUACACUUCGGCGUUGCGGAUUUCGUUUGGCCACGAGGAAGCGGGUGUCCAUUCAAGAGCCGCAGGUUGCACGACCCCCUGGGCUAGGGUGACAAGAAUCGGGAUCUGUCCCGAGUCUUCAAGAGGACGGGGGCGGUUGCGAAGCCCCAUGCUUCCGAGUAACUUCGGGGCCCAGCUCCUCGUUCGGUAACGGAUGUUGCGAGCGAGCGAGCGAGGUUGUUGGUAGUGGUAGUGUUCAUGAUGCUCGGGGAGGAUUCCCGGGCGUUUGGGGAAGCACCGACGUUCCGUCACCGUAUUCAUUACAAGGGCCGGCUCACGGGCGCCCUGCCAUAUUUAUCUUAGGGCAGUAGAGGCGUCUCGUAAUUAACGCGCGUUUUUUGCAUUUAGUGCCAACUACACUCGAGUGACACCACCUAACGCGUUCAUUAACAGCGUGUCGGGCAGGUGAAGGGCGAUGACGCGAUCUCCAUGCGGCAACACGCGCGCCGCCGUUGUUGCGUGCAGAGGUCGCCUCGAGUUGGGUCUUCAUUGCGUUUACCUGUUGCCUGUGACCUCUCGCCUGGGCACAGGUGUGAGUUGCGUCUCAUCACCGCCGGGACACGGGUGGGUGGGUAGCUCACCUGCCUACAGGUGUGGGUGGGUAGCUUACCUGUCCACAGGUGUGGGUGGGUUGCUUACUUCGCCAUAGACGUGAGUUGUAUCUCAUCGCCACUUGGCCACAGGUGUGAGUGGGUAUCUCACCUGGGUACAGGUGUGUUGCAUCUCACCACCGCCUCUGCACACGUGUGCGCUUGCGUGACGCUGCGUCGCUGCGGGGCGACCUGCAUUCACGUACACGCCUGUGUGUGAGGAGUGUGUGAGGAGUGUGUGUGUUCACCAUCUCGCAGGUGUGUCUGUGCGCGCCCCCUCGUGCGUGCGGUAGUGCGUGCGGGGUGACCCCCAUUCACCUGCAGACGUCUCUGGCCGCCGCCGCUGAUCUCAAACGCGAGACUCGGAUUUGUCCGCGAGCAACGGCCAGAAGCGGACACGUCGUGUUGUGUGGCGGUACCAGGUUCUUUACAUGGCCAAUAAAAGCUGAAUCGUGA